AUGGCAAGUCCUGUGUCUAUAGAGUCAGAGAUGGAGCUUCGGGUGUUUGUUAACGGGAAACCGAGGGACGUGUGCGGUGUAGAUGAAAACACGACUGCUGAGGAUGUAGUCAACGUCUUGUGUGAAUCUCUUAGUCUUGCUGGGUACUACUGUCUCGUAGCAUAUUGGCGGAAAAAUGAAAUUGUUUUUUCACCAUCUGAAAGCCCUCUUAAUGUCAUUACGAGAGUUGGCGAGCAUCCAAAGCAGUUUCAGUUUGUUCUUCGUCGAACCGACGUCCACCGAUCCCCGAACCCGGCGCGGACGCGAUCUCCCAUCCCUACGUCGCAUCAUCACCGUCGAACACUGUCUAACUCAUCACAGUGUAUACCAUUUCAGAAUGCUGCAACAUCCUACAAAGUGGCGGCCGCUUUCGCAGGUCGAACUCAGGAACUGGAUAUCGGUUGUACUGCUGAACUGCAGCAACUUUCCAUGGUCGACUGGAGUCGACGUCUUGAGGAGGAGCGCCAACACCAACUUAGCCUCCUAACUGAGCGUAGCCGACUCCAACGCGAUCUUCAGCGUUUAGACACUGAACUUCGACAAGUUCGGGGUAAGGUUCAAGGUCUUGAGUCGGAAAUGGCAAGCGAGCUAACGAAUCUCCUAAACGCAGUUGAUGUAGCAUUGGAGGGGAGACGCAAAAUUGUUGCCGAUCUUUUGGUUGCCUCUGAGGCACUCCAGUUACCAGCAUCAAGUAGACCCACGCCGGUGUGUGACGAAGUGAUGAUCUGA